AUUACAAUGACGGUAAAAAAAUUCUUUCGUCGGUUGGCAAGGGCCUUUACGUGUUGUCUCUCCAAAAAGGAGCGUAAUAUAAAUGGUAUAGUAUCUUAGCUUAGUCUAGCCCAGGUAUUUUUUUAAUAAAAUUUAGCUUAACACGAUACACAACAAUAAUUUUCUCAAUAUCUAGUGUUUUAACACGUACAUAGAAUUAAUACACUCAUUUAUUUGAACAUGUAAAUGUAGUGUAGAUUUAUAUAUCCAGUAUUAAAAAAUUCAUUUAUAAUUUUUUUUUAAAUUAACUAUAAUUAGACUAAUUAUUGUUGAGUAGAUAAAUAUUUUGGUAAUUUAAUGUAUUAUUAAUUAGAAAGCAUGGACUGUUACUUAAGUCCAGUUAGUAGACAUGAUAUUCAGGAUUCAGGAACUAAAACAAUGACGACGUUAGAUAAUGUGUCUAAUGAAAGGGUAAAUAUUAUUGACAAUAACUUUAACAAGACUCUUGAGGGAUGUGAGAAGUUUGAAAAAGAGGUUCACGAACUUGGUAUGGCAGAUCCUAAAAUAGCAGAUAUUGAAGGAGCCGCCAUUGUGGAAAAGAGUAAGCAAGAAGAAGAAGACACGGAGUGUUACUUACGUUCAGUUAAAACACGUAGAUUAAAAAAAGGUACUAUAUGCUUCUUUGGAAAAAAGAGUAAUUCUGGCAUGAUAACUACAAAUAAUGGGGAAUGUUAUAAGUUCUAUAAAGAAGAUUUAAAUUUAGAUUUUGAUAGACGUUUUAAAUAUCCACAAAAAGUGAAAUUUGUUGUUGAUGAUUUAGAGCCCAAAUGGGCCUAUGAUGUAGAAAUAAUUGGCGACCCUUAUGUCCAAAGGUGCUAUUAUUGUUUAAAAAAUGAUCAUCUUGGUUUAGAAGACUGUAUGAAGUUACAGAUAGAUUCUUAUAAUUUUUACUAUCCUUAUAUGUAACAUAACACUACAAAACAAGCAGUUUGUAUUAUAUAUUCUGUUAAUGUUUCAAUUA